AUGGAUGAGAUCGCGGAGGCAAAGGGGGCGCACCCGAAGAUAGAGGUGCUUUCGCCGAAGAGAAGGGCCACGAAGAAGACCAAAGAGGACGUGCCACGUUUCAAAACUGGGCUCGCAGCGAAUACAGCGGCUGGGCCAGCAUGGAAGUCUGGGCCGAGUGACAGGAGCGAAUGGCUGCCACGAAACGGCGAGGAGCCCCGGGCAAAAAGGGCACCAAGGGCACCAAGGGCGCCAAAGGAGCAAAGCACGCCGAUGCCGAUGGCGGACGUGGAGCCGGCGAGUCCGGGGCUCGAGGUGCCCGAGGCGCCCGAGGCGCCCGAGGUGCCCGAGGCGCGUGGCAACAACAAGCCGAAGGAGCCCCGCCAAGGAAUCGAAGAAGGCUCCGUUCCGCCUUCGCCCGUCCGCCCGACCUGCUCCUCAAGUCGGUCGGAGAAGGCGCAGAAGUGGCCGGAUGCAGCUGGAGACGCUUUGAAGUCGAAGGGCCCAAGCUCCGAACGCUCGCCGCGGUGCACCGAGAACCAGGCGGGGAAUCGGGCCAUGAAUGUCAGAAUAAUGUCAGAGCGAUAG